UUAGGCAGUUCUCUUGGAGCAGUGUAAAGAGUUGGGUGUUUUCUCACAAAUCGUCUUCUUCCUGAAUUAUUAUUAAAAGUCAUCAUGGUGGCCUUUACGGAAUUAAUUUCAUACGAAAAUGACGUGUUUAGGGCAUUCGUGUUCUGGUCAACGGUUUUAAUUGUGAAAACUAUGUUUAUGUCUCCUCUAACUGGGCUGCAGCGCUUCAAGAACAAGAGUUUUGCUAAUCCUGAGGAUUCAGCAAUGUACAAGACAAAACCCAAAUUUGACGAUCCUAACGUUGAGCGUGUACGAAGAGCCCAUCGCAACGAUUUGGAAAACAUUUUCCCAUUCGUCCUUAUUGCCUUCUUCUACGUGCUAACCAAUCCACAAGCUUGGCUUGCCAUCAAUCUCUUCAGAGUUGCAGCAAUUGCCAGGAUUGUGCACACUGUUGUCUACGCCGUUGUAGUUGUACCCCAACCAGCUAGAGCUUUGGCAUUCUUUGUAUGCCUUGCUGUUACCCUUUACAUGGCAUUCCAAACAAUUGUAUUCUUCUUGUAAACAUUAACAUUAAGGAUUUAUAUUAAAAAAAAAAGUGCACCAUAAACCAUUUUGCAUUGCAUUUCAAGGAAAAAUUGGGAGUAUUGAGGGGAAAACGUUUUUUUUUUUUGUAAGAAAAAGGAUAUGGUAAUAAAUUUCCCAAAACGUCGCUGGGAAGAGGAAAAAUGAAGCAUUUUCAAUUAAAUUGAAUUGUUUCAGUGAUCCGGAAACAUGCUGAAGUUUCUUGAUUUUCAAUAUAGAAUUCAUAAGAGCUUU